UAAUUUCCAUAUGCCUGUGAAACAAUUCAGAAGUCACAUUGCGCUCUCGUGCGUCGCUGUCAGCCGCAUCCAGCCUCAGUGGACGUCACCAGCCUCGGUCUUUGGAUUGGUUACUCAGAUGAGACGCUCGGACGUGCGUCUACCUGCCCUACCUGAACCUUUAGACAUCCGCACACACAACGUCUGGUGGCAUUUUGGCGUCUGGAGCGAGCUGCGGUGCGUUAAAAUCAGCGCGCCACGGAAACUUCGAGGAAGUCUUUCAACUGUUGGUGUGCGCAUCGCGGCGAGUCCAUGUGGCUCCUCGUCUGACACAAGCGGACUACUUCGUCGGGGGGAAACUCAACGGAAAGCUUUUCUUUUUUCCCCUUUUUCCUCAAAAAACAACAAACAUGUUCAGCAAGUGCUCCGUUGUCUUAUUGAAUGCCCUUUUUCUGGUGCGUGCGCUCUCGGCUCACGAGUGCACGCCGUGUAGUCUCCGCGCUUGCGUUGCCAAAGCGCCGCACGGCUGCGAGGGCGGCCGGACGCUGGCCAGGGAUCCCUGCGGAUGCUGUGACCAGUGUGCCCGGCUGGAGUGGGAGCCGUGCGGCGGACAGGACUGGGCGCACGGCUACUGCGCCCUGGGGCUGACCUGCGCGUCCGUUAACGGAACCGGAGCGGCCGCGAUCCCUGAAACUGGAGUGUGUAAAGCGCUCCCCUCGCAUCCAGAGGCCGGCCUGGAGGACGAGCGCUGUCCCCUGAUGACGGGCUGCGACAGAGCCGCGGGCCAGUGCGUGUGCGAUGCCCGUCACUCCUGCCUGGCCUCUUUCCCCUACGCGGACCAGGAGAGCUGCAUGAAGGCCGGCAAGUCAGAGGGUCGGAGGCACGAGCACCGGGAGAGACACCGAGAGAAGUAUGUGGGUCCAUCCAACCCGGCCUGCACGUUCUCUGGGUGUAACCUGACCAGGGACGGCUGUGUGUGCGAGUCCCAGAGCUGCCACCGCCACUUCGCCUACACCAACCGCAGCCAGUGCCAGGACGCCGCAGAGGAGCUGAGGUGUGCCGGCGUGACGUGUCCCGCUCUGCCAGCGCCCUCCUGCCCCGAGGGUUCGGUCCUGACCAAGAGUUACACCCCGCCUGCCGCUUGCUGCCCCUCCGUACUGCCACAGUGCACUUGCGACCUGCGUGCCUGCCACAAGCCCAAGUGCCCGGGCGGUCGGCGCGUUGUACCGCUCAGCCAGGCCAGCGGGCGGCCGGGAGACUGCUGUGACGUCUUCGAGUGCCAGAAAGUCUCUCCUAAGUGCGUCCACAACGAGAAGGAGUACUCCGAGGGGCAGGUGUAUCGCAUGGACCCCUGCUGGCUGUGCCAGUGCCGGGGAGGAAUCUCCUUCUGCUCCAAGGCGGAGUGCGCUGAGCUGGAGUGUGAAAACUUCUACAUUCCUGAGGGAGAGUGUUGCGCCGUCUGCCUAGAUGUGGAGUUGCUGUCUAUGGACAGCACCAAGGCCAGCUGCUGGGUGGACAACAAGCUGCGGGCCCACGAGGAGCAGUGGAAAGAGGACGACUGCACCUUCUGCCAGUGUGUGGACGGAGAACCACACUGCACGGCCAUGGCCUGCAAACAGAGCUGCCAGUACCCUGUGAAGAUCCCCGGAGAGUGCUGUCCCUUCUGCGAAGAACCUUCUUACGAGACGGUCAGCCCCCUGCUGUGCCCUCCGCUGGAAAACUGCUCGCUGUCCGCGAACGACUGUCCCUACGGCUUCCAACAGGACACGAACGGAUGUCUGCUCUGCCAGUGCCUCGGCAAUGACUCCUGCCCUGACCUGGGAAAAUACUGUUCGCUCCAAUGCCCGAUGGGACACAAGACGGACGAUUUUGGCUGUGAGGUGUGUGAGUGCAGCAUUCCCGUGCCAAAGUGCCGCCCCUUGACCUGCACUAAGACCUGCCCCUAUGGAUUUGUGAGGAACAAGCAUGGGUGUGAGAUGUGUCGCUGCAUCAGGUGUCCUCCCUUCACCUGCGACAAGCACUGCAGCGACGGCUACAGGCAGAACAGGAAGGGCUGCUCCGUCUGCACGUGCAAAGAAAGCGGUCGCGUCCCGAGCACCACCGCCUCGGCCCCGACCCCCAGCCACUGCCUCACCGCCAACGGGCGCCGCUACGAGGAAGGCGACGGCUGGCACGACGGUUGUCGCGACUGCUACUGCCACUCCGGGCGGGAGAUGUGCGUGCUCAUAUCCUGCCCCGCGCCCAGCUGUUCUCAUCCAGAUGUGAGGCCCGACCAGUGUUGUCCCACCUGUGAAGAUGAGUCGGGCAGCGGUCAGCUGGAGGGGAUGGACAUGGUGGUUUGCAGAGCACCCGGGGGGGAGUUUUAUGUGGAGGGGGAGACCUGGUACCUGGACGAGUGCACGGGGUGCACCUGCAGGAAGGGACGUGUCCUGUGCGACGCCGAAGAGUGUCCCCCCGCCCUGUGCCAGAAGCCGAUCCGGAACAAGGACACCUGCUGCCAAGUGUGCCCAGAGGAGGCGCUGAGCUCCGGGCUGCCCGUGAACAACAGCCAGCAGGAGUACUGCAUCACCGGCGGCGGCGACGUGCUGCUGUCGGGGGACUCCUGGAGGGCCAACGCCUGCACCAGCUGCACCUGCAACAACGGCACCAUUCAGUGCUUCUCCCAGCGCUGCCCGCCGGCCAACUGCAGGGUGCCCGUCUUACGCAAGGGCCAGUGCUGCCCGCAGUGUCUGGAGAUUACAACGCCGGUGCCGGCGUCCAGCGGCGCCCCGAGGACGACCGCGGCGACCGGAGCGGAGAGCGCGACGUGGAUCACCGCGGCCACCGCACCGCCCAUCACGCCAGAGACAGACGAGCGAGGCUCGGGGGAGAAUCGCCCCAGACAGACGGAGAUGGCAGUCGUCUACCAGUCGGCCGCCUGGAUCCUGGCGGGUCUCCUCCUGGCCAUCAUCAUCUUCCUCGCGGUGGCGUUGCUCGUCAACAAGAAAAAGAAGUGGGUGCAGAUGUCCUGCUACAGCGCGCCAAAGAAGACGGUGAUCCUGAAGAAGCACGUCAACAAGAACUCCGUGGUCUACAUGGAGCCCUCCAAGGAGAACAAGUUUCACAACGCGAAGAACGACUGCGGCGUCGUCCACUUCUCUCCGGAAAUGAGCUCCACGUGCGCGGACAGGACGACCAUCCCCAGAGCCAAGCUGAGCAACAACUGGACGCCGCGCUAAAGACAACACACACACACACACACACACACACACACACACAACGCCGCUCGAACUCUGCCGAUCCGGCACCGCCUGCUCUCUCUUACUGCUGUAUCCAUGGCGAUCAGUGCAACAGAAACACACACACACACCGGCACACACACCUUGGACGCCGCUGCCUUGUUCCCUCCCUUCUGUCUGUGUGAAGCUGAGGACGUCCUUAGAGAGAGAGACCGAGCUUGUGACGUCUUGUUUCUUUCAAUACGUGUCCGCAUUACUUUUUUGGCGUAUGUGGACGGAAUGGGGGGGGGGGGGGGGGGACAUUUGAAAAGGACACAAGCCACUCCGGGCUCUGCUUUGAAACCGAGAGGCCAGAGAGGACCACAACGUGACUGUGGACAUCGGGAGAUUAUUUCUUCCCUUGAAACUGGAACUCUGGAGGCAGUAAGACGAGCGUGGAAGCUUCAGGACGGGGGGGUUCAGGCCGUGUUUAAAAGGGGAAGAAGAGGAUCUCUCUCUCUCCCCUCCACCCUCCCCCAGCAGCGAGGCCAAAGGAACCGAUAUUUCAGUUGAGACCAAAUUGGGUUCAGCAGCCAAACCAAGUCAACCGGCUUCAUGGACCCCCGGCUUUAGAAUGUGUGCUUUCCGUCGUAGUUCUUGUAUACUGCUAAGGUAUCUGUUCUAGUUGUAGUGUUGUUCUGGGCCACCUCUCACUUUAAAAAAAAAAAAAAAAAAAAGUUUUUUAUUACGGACGCCAGAUUGUGGCUUCCUGACGUGACAGCCUGGUUUCUCCGACCUGGGAACUCGCUCUCUCUCGCUGUACAGAAGCCAAUGGACUUCCUCUUUCCCAUCUGGACCUCCGGAGGAAUGUGAUAGCGUGCCUCCCCCCACCCCACCCCCCAUAACUUCUGUGUGGGUGCAGGUGUGCGUUACGGUUGCCACCGAAUGUUGAGAGACAGAACGAGUAUCGAGUCAUUUCUAAGCCUUAAUUCUUUCGCCUUAAUGCAUCGCUUGUUGACAUUAAAUACCUGUGUUUGCUCAUGGAGGAGAAUCGGAAAGCGGUAAUAUAGUCACCCGACGUUGAAACGUAGCCGAUGGUUCUCAUCAACACUUCACACAGCAUUUUAAAAGAGACGUAGCACUUUUGUUUGAAGAACCUUUUAUUUUUAGAGCGAGCUGCCUGCAGGAUUCUUGUAGGGCUGAAGUCCCUCGACGGGGAUUCGAAGGCAUAUUAAGCCCAGAGAUGUUAAACCACUCAAGUGACCCGAGGUUGCAGCUGAAGUCUGAUGAGCACAGUGAAGGAUCUGAGAAGCGUUGCACAACCGACGGGGGGGGUUUCACAGGAAAAGGGGUUUCGGAUCGCAGUUCUCAGUGCGUUGCCAAUUUCUCGAUACGAAGAACUGUCCGAUGCCAAAAGUGGUUUUGAGGCCAAUUCGUAUUGAAGUGUUUUAGUAAGUCGUAGAGUAGAUUUGUGUCCGUUUGAUUCAUGAUCAUGUGCUUUAAAAAUGAAGAGGCGACUGUAAAAGCUUACGCAAUUCUUUUCUUCUAUCCGUAAACAAGGAAAAGGAAAAAAAAAAAAAAGUAGUUUAAAUUAGUAGGACCGAAGAGUACCUUAUUUAUUUUUUCACAUAGCUUUAUUUAUUACUAAACUAUAGUUUGCGUUUUUCUUUUUUGAAAAAUGAACUGUUGGUAGCCAAAGCUGCUGUACAUUGUAGACUAUACCAUUUCUAUCUGCUAUAUCCUAUACAAACUUAUUUAUUUUGUUGCUGCAAAACUUGUAAAUAUGUUUCCUAGAUGAAUGAACUGUAACAUUUACACUUAUUUUGAAAAAUAAAUGUUUGAACCAAA